UUGGUUAAAGGCUAUAUAAAGUAUAUGCAACAAUCGUAGAGCUCAGCUAAGAAACUCAUCAAUGAUUUGGAUAGCAACAGAAAAAUGAAACUCCAAUGCUUCAUUUAAGCUAAUAAUCUCAAACAUAUCUCUAUAGUAAUUGCAUUUGAUAAAAAUUCAUCGUGUCAUUAAUUACAUAAAGAUUUUUUAGCAAGAGAUUCAAGGUAUUUAAGUACUCAGCCAAAAUCUUGCGACCUAAACAAGAAGUUCUUGAUGACUGCAUCAGCCAGAGUUAAACCCAACAGAGGUUUAUGACUGAAAGUCACCCAGCUCAAUCCUGAUUGGAAUCACGACUUCAGAGGGGAAACUAGCACUCGUUCUAGAGAUGGAAGGAUUGAUUCAAAACGAAACCAAGUUUUCUCUUCGAGUCGAUAAAGAUAGCAAAGCGACUGAAUUUCGGUUAUUUUCGACGGCACCGCCUCAUAUGCGAGCUUUCCAUCUUGCAUGGGUAUCUCUAUUUGCAUGUUUCUUUUCAACAUUUGCUAUUCCUCCUUUGAUUCCUGUGAUCCGUGACAAUCUGAACCUAACAGAUUCUGAUAUUGGGAAUGCUGGGAUUGCUUCAUUUUGUGGCUCAAUAAUCUCUCGGCUUCUUAUGGGUCCGGCUUGUGACCUUUUUGGACCUCGCCUUGCUUCCUCUGCGUUAUCAAUUCUAACUGCACCGAUUGUUUUCGCAACUUCUCUUGCUUCAUCACCUCGGGAUUUCAUCUUACUAAGAUUUCUCAUUGGAUUUUCCAUUGGCAAUUUUGUCUCAAAUCAAUAUUGGAUGAGUUCAAUGUUCUCUGGUAAUGUUGUUGGCCUCGCAAAUGGGUUUGCAGCCGGAUGGGCUAAUGUCGGAUCUGGCGCUACGCAACUCCUCAUGCCACUCAUUUACUCAUACAUUACAAGCUUGGGGGUUGCGUCUUUUACGGCUUGGCGUGUGGCGUUCAUUUUACCCGCUUCGCUUCAAUUAGUGACGGCAUGGAUGGUACUAUACUACGGUCAGGACUUGCCAAAUGGGAACUGCAACCAUUUCCGAAAAGUCGCAGAGGAAGACGAUGCCUCACCCAAGGAUAGUUUCUUAAGAAUUCUUUGCCUGGGUCUGAAAAAUUAUAGAGGCUGGAUACUGGCAUUGACAUAUGGUUUUUGCUUUGGAGUGGAAUUAACGGUUGAUAAUAUUAUCGCGCAAUAUUUUUAUGACAGAUUCAAUCUUAAGAUUCAGACAGCCGGUGCAAUUGCGGCAAGUUUUGGGUUGGCGAAUUUUUUGGCGAGACCAAUUGGAGGAGUAAUAUCUGAUGAAAUGGGCAGGAGGUAUGGCAUUAGGGGAAGAUUAUGGAGUUUGUGGGUAGUCCAAACAAUGGCUGGGGUAUUAUGUGUUAUACUAGGACGAGUUAACUCGCUCUCUGCUUCAUUUAUGGUGAUGUGUGGCUUCUCUUUGUUUGUUCAAGCUGCUUCUGGUCUGACAUUCGGUGUGGUUCCUUUCGUCUCUAAAAGGUCACUAGGAGUAAUUGCAGGAAUGACAGGAAGUGGAGGGACGAUAGGUGCAGUUGUGACUCAAUUAUUACUCUUUUCAGGUUUCACUCCUUUCUCAAAGGAAACAGGAAUUUCUGUCAUGGGACUUAUGAUCAUAAUUUGCACUCUUCCCGUUACUUUGUUAUACUUUCCGCAAUCGGGUGGAAUGUUUUGUGGUCCGUCAAUGGUCAAUAGCCAAGAAGAUUACUGCUCACUUGCACGAGGAGAUGCUGAAGAGGAGCAAUGAUUUUGCCUCCGUUUGUCAGAUAAUUGAUCAACAGUAGCAGAAUUCCUCGGACAAAUGAUGUUGUACAAUCAAUUGCCCUUCACAUAUAAAAAAUCCAAUUUGAAUAAAUUUUCACUGUUUUUUCUUCUGUGGAGAGUAUUUUAACCUCUUAUAUAAUUGAUUCCAAACAACCAUAAGCUGUGUCGGAGUUUGAGAACACGCAAAAGACACCGAUGAUAGUAGUUGUUGGUGUAGUUGAAAAAGUCAAACUUUUCAAAGUUGACCUCAUAAACACCGCGUGUUGACCUCCUUGUUCAAGAGAAUUUCUCUGUCCAGGUAAUUCGGUAAUAAAACAGAAAACCCUGUUGAUUGGAUUGGAAAAAACCUUGUGCGAAACAGCUGCAGAAGCCAAGACAAAGACGAAAACUCAAGAGAUGGUAUUCAACAGUGAUAUCGUGUUAAGAGUAGCAAAUCUGUCAGCCAAUUUGUGUCAAUAUAUAGCUUGCAAUCCAGACAGGUUAAGCAGUGAACAAGUAUUAGAUCUUAUCUGUUGUAUACCAUUACAACAGUUAGGUCGUCUUGCUCUUUGUGUAUGGAAUUUCUUUUGUUUCCCACCUCCUGAUUCUUAUCAUCCCAAUUAUUAUACUUAUUAUUCAUCAUCAGACUCCAAUUCUGAUUCUGAUUCUUAUUACGACGACGAUUCUCAUUCAGAUUAAAUCCAUUGUAUAGUAUUUCUUUCUUCUUCUUUUUUUCAUUUUUUUUUCUUUUUCAUUAUGCUGUAACCGUCUCUUCUUCGUGGUUAUGUUAGUGUAUAUUUGUCAAUUAACCUCAUUAAUGUACUUUUUAGGGAAUUGAGGUUCUCUAUUUCAUAGUUAUUGUUCUCAACUUCUGAGAUUUUAA